AUGAAAGGUAGGAUAUCCAUCUCAUCACACCUGGAGGCAGUAUACUUUUCGCCUUCCAAAGAAAAUAUCCAAAAAUCACUUCCUUUGCAAGCAUCAUCCCUCUUUAAGCCCAUCUUAAAAGUCACUACUCCAUCACCCCAAGCGCUAGACCCAAAUAAUUGGAUGGGAAAAGACUUGAAGCUCGCAAAACACUUGAUCUCACCACAAUUAUUCACAGUAGCCGUCUUCGGAGCCUAUAGGCUGCCAGCUAGUUUAUGGUUCUAUAGACCUGAAAGAUUUGCAACUCAUGCGGCAGCCAUUGAUGCAUCUUCCCAAGAGCUACACAAUCAGCAAGCUGUUGUUGAAUCUUACAAGGCUAUGCACAAUGUAGACACCAUCGAUGAAUCGUACAAAGAUCUCCACAAAGUAUAA